ACAGAGGAAAUUCUCCAUGCAAAUAAUGCGAUUUGGAUGUCGGACAACGGACAACUGAUGUUGUAUGCCACCUUCAACGAUACGCACGUCCAGGAGCAGCACUUUGCCUGGUAUGGCACGACUGGUUCAUCCGGCGGAGCGGCUGCAGCUGCAGCGGCAGCGGCGGCAACAGGAGGUGGAACUGGCGGUGGAACGGGAGGAAGUGGCGCCUCAGCGGGCAGCAGUAAUCCGCAUGCCAACCUAUACCCGGAAAUCAGGUCCUUACGGUAUCCAAAGCCGGGCACUCAGAAUCCCACAGUGACCUUGCGGGUUGCGGAUCUAAAGGAUCCGCAAAAGGUUCGCAUCACCGACCUGCGACCACCUCAGAUACUAGCUCACGAAGAUCACUACUUUAGCAGCGCCAGUUGGGUAAGUCACUCAAAGAUCGCCGUCGUUUGGCUGAAUCGUCCCCAGAACAUCUCCGUGGUCAGUGUGUGCAAGGCUCCCGCCUUCGAGUGCAUCGAGACCCACCGGGUGAGCGGCGAUGGACGCGGCUGGGUGGACACUGUUGCUGUGCCUCUGUUUGCAGCCAAUGCCAGCCUCUAUGUGGCCAUCUCCCCGCUGCGAGACGGUCUGUUUGGCUAUUUCCGGCACAUCGUGCACGUGGACAUCGACAAUAACAGGGUGCUGCUCACCCAUGGCCCGUACGAGGUGAAUCGAUUGUUGCACUGGGAUCAACUGGAUAAUUGGAUCUACUUCCUUGGCACUCCAGAGCGCCUGCCCUCGCAGCAGCAUCUAUAUCGCGUAUCCGCCCUGCCGGCCCGUCAAGGACAAGCAUUGCAGCCACCAGACUGCCUGACGUGUCCCGCACUGACGCCAAGCCGAGGCUAUGAGGAAGGUCAUACCAAGUCACCACCGAAGCUGGUGACUGCCUGGGACGAUGACUGGGAGGACUCCGAGGAGACAGAAGCUCAGCCACCGCCGCAACCUGCGUUGCCAGUGGAGCAGCAGCGACCGGGAAGGGGUCAAAGUGCUCCUUUGCCACCGCCUCCAAGCGAUUGCCUGUACCAUGAGGCCCAGUUUCCGCCCUCUCGAAGAGCUAAAUAUGUCCUGGUCGAUUGCCUGGGUCCUGUGGUACCCACCUCCAUUAUCUACGGCCUGAAAUUCUCCACUAUUGCCAAGGUGAAGAGGCAGAGCACACAGCAAGAAGAACCUCCCACGGAUGGCGGCGAGCAGAAGAUGUCGGAGGAAUCCAAGUCACAGUUCCUGGAACUCCUGGUCACCGUGCAGAAUAACACUCGGUUAAAGGAGAAAAUGGCCAAGACAGCCAUGCCGCAGGUGAAGACCUUCCCCGUGAUGAUCUCCGGAGGAUAUCAUGCCCAGGUGCGGCUCUACCUUCCGCCUGUUCUGCGCGAGGAUGAGAUCACGCGAUAUCCCACCAUUUUGCACGUUUACUCGGGACCCGGCUCUCAGCUGGUCACCGAUCGUUGGCAUGUCGAUUGGAACACCUAUCUGGCGGGCAGCAAGGACUAUAUUGUGGUGGAAAUCGAUGGACGAGGAUCCGCGGGACAGGGUUACCAGCUACUCCAUGAGGUCUACAAGCGCUUGGGCAGCGUUGAGGUGUCCGAUCAAUUGGAGGUCAGUGAGUACCUCAGGGAUAACCUGCACUUUAUCGACUCUCGAAGGAUGGGAGUCUGGGGAUGGAGUUAUGGCGGAUACACAGCUGCAUUGGCCCUGGCUGGCCAACAGUCGAUAUUCCAGUGCGGAAUAAGUGUGUCACCGGUGACCAAUUGGAAGCUAUAUGAUUCCACCUAUGCCGAACGCUAUCUGAGCUUCCCCAAUGUGACGGAUAACUACAAGGGUUACGAGGAGAGCGAUCUGUCCAAGUAUGUGGAUAAUCUAAGGGAUCGCCAGUUCCUGCUCGUCCAUGGCACUGCCGAUGACAACGUACAUGUGCAGCAAUCUAUGGUACUGGCCAGAUCACUGACCAGCAAGGGAGUCCUCUAUAAGCAACAGAUAUAUCCGGAUGAGGGUCAUAGUUUAUCGGGGGUCAAGCGACAUUUGUACCGCUCGAUGACUGCCUUUUUCGAGGAUUGCUUCAAGAAACUGGUGCCACCGGAAACGAAAGCUGGCCUGGGGAGUGGCGGUGAUAUGCAGCAGCAAUAAGCAUAAAUUAUGGAAUCACCAACAAAUAUAACUAAAAACAGCAUAUUUCUGAUAGGAAACGGAAAAAAAGUAUAAAAUGUCGCUAACUUCAACUGGAACGUGCGAACGAAAUGGUUUUGUGAAUUGCAUUAAAUGUGAUUUAUCAUCGGCACACCCACAAUAACAACAACACACACACAGGAAAAGAAAAAUGUUAAAUGGCAACAACAAGCAACUAAGUUAAAUGGCAUUUGGUGUAAAAUUAAUAAGCAAAACAGCAACAGAAGCAGCGGCAGCAGCAGGAGCCGCAGUGCGAAACGAAAUGCCAACUAAGUGUGGACAAAAAGCAGCAUAAACAAAUAAAUGUACGUAUGUAUAUGUAUAUGUGUAUGUGUGCAGACGAAAGCGAACAAAAUCAACAUGGUUGUGAAAACAUAACUCACACAGGCACAAACAUACACACACACACAAGCACAACGACAGCGAGAGAGAAAAGGCAGAGGGAAUAAGAGAGAGCGCGCGUGAGAGCGCGCACAAAGGUAGGCAAUAAAAAUUUACACAUGCGGCUUUUCUCCGCCGACAGGUGUGACAUUUUCAAUACUCUCGUAAAAAGGUUUUACAACUUCAGCAAAGACUUUGCUACCACCAGUCCUUUCUAGGCAAUAUCCCUUUAAUUUCAUAUUUUUUCUACUUUGUUUUCAAUGAGCCUUUAAAGCUAAAGCAAAGCUGAGUAUUAUUUUACAAAUUUCUUUUUAAUUAAAUUCAGGAAUGUUUAUAUUGUACCACUAGAGUAUUCCAGACUUCGACUGUUCCGUAUUCAACUUAUUCCCUCUCACAUUUUUUUCCAUAUCGUUAUAAUUUAUGCAUUUUUUGCAUAAAUUUCCAAUGAA